GGGUAGUGUAGACACAGUUCGAUGGUAUUGGCCUCCGGGACCUAUCCCAGAGUGCUCCAUUGUGACCACUCUGGACAGCACUCUCAACUCCAAAGCACUAGCUAGGUACACAGGAAAAGCCCAGGGAACUUUUGAAUUUCAUUUCCUGUUUGGACAGUGUGGUGAGCUCGUCAGCACAGGUGACCAUGGAGUCCCAGAAUCGCAAACGAGCUCCUACAUGGACCGAACGGGAGACACUGGAUCUGAUCGCUGUACGGGGAGAAGAAUCCGUGCAGGCAGAACUCCGUUCCAAAAGACGAAAUGCCAAUAUAUUUGCCAAAAUCUCCAAGGGCAUGAUGGACAGAGGCUACAACAGGGACACACAGCAGUGCUGCAUGAAAGUUAAGGAGCUGAGGGAAGCCUACCAAAAGACAAAGGAGGCAAACGGUCGCUUCAGGUCAGAGCCCCAUACAUGCCACUUCUAUGAUGAGCUGCAUGCAAUUCUAGGGAGCGCCCCUACCACUACCCCACCACUGUCCAUGGACACCUGCAAGGGGGGAGUCUCACGCAACAGGGAUGAGGAUUUUGUGGAUGAGGAAGAGGAGGAGGAGGAGGAUAGCACACAGCAGGCAGCAGAGAAACCGUUCUCCCCAACAGCCAGGAACUGUUUAUCACCCUGGAGCCAAUACCCUCCCAACCCUCCCAAGGCAGGUUCCCGGACCAUGAAGCCAGAGAAGGCACCUCUGCUGCAAAUGUUUCUAUGCUCCCCCUAUCGUCUCCAUCCCAGAGGCUAGCGCAGAUUAGAAGGCGAAAAAAACACACUCGCGAUGAAAUGUUCUCAGAGCUCAUGCAGUCCUCCCACACUGAAAGAGCUCAGCAGAAUGCGUGGAGGAAAACAAUGGCAGAGACCAGGAAAUUGUCAAAUGAAUACAAUGAGAGGAGCGAGGAGUGCGAUGAAGGGAGGCAGGAUGCAAUGCUGAGUCUAAUGGGGGAGCAAACUGACAUGCUCUGGCAUCUGGUGGGGCUGCAGGAAAGGCAGCAGGAGCACAGACCGCUGCUAC